CGGAGCCGGCCCGUGUGAGCACGCCUUCGUUCCGCACAGAGUCCUCCUGUUCCCGACCCCCUGGGAUUUCUCUUCCCGAGGUGGCCAUGGAUGCUUCGACUCUGCCCCCCACACCCUCUUCUCCGAGGUGCAGCCCAGCCCCCCGGACAAUCCACAUUGAGUUCCCUCAUCAUAGUUCGUCGCUGCUGGAGUCCCUGAACCGCCACAGGCUGGAGGGGAAGUUCUGCGAUGUGUCCCUCCUGGUUCAGGGCCGGGAACUUAGGGCUCACAAAGCGGUGUUGGCUGCUGCUUCUCCUUACUUCCACGACAAGCUGCUUUUGGGGGACGCGCCCCGACUCACUUUACCGAGUGUCAUUGAGGCGGAUGCCUUCGAGGGUCUGCUGCAGCUCAUUUACUCAGGGCGCCUCCGGCUGCCCCUGGAUGCGCUCCCUGCCCAUCUCCUCGUAGCCAGCGGCCUGCAGAUGUGGCAGGUAGUGGAUCAGUGCUCAGAGAUCCUUCGAGAACUUGAAACCUCAGGUGGAGGGAUAUCGGCUGGUGGAGGAGCCUCCUACCACACACUUCUUUCCACAACAUCUUCGGGAGGCUGGUGCAUUCGCUCUUCCCCUUUCCAGAACCCGGCCCAGCCCUCUGCUUCGACAGAGAAUUCUGCUGCUACCGAGAGCCCCAUUGGAGGGGAGGCGAGUGAACUAGAAGAAGUGUUACAGAUUCAGGUGAAAGAAGAGGAGGAGGAGCAGGGGGCAGCAGCCCCGCUCUUUCAGACUCCUCCACCUCAGAGAAUAUCCGGAGGGUUUUCCCAAGCUUGUGGAUCCCACCCGCUGCCUACGUCCGCUCUUCCCAGCAAGCCUCCAGAGGAUGAGAGUUCAACCCUUGAGCCUCCUGCCCCUCCUGUACGAGCUCCCCAAGUCUUAUAUGUUAAUCAGGAACCCCUUGAGUCUAAGGAGGAGACGUCAGGAGGUAGGACUCUGUCUGGAGGAGCGAAGGAGAAGACCAAAGCACUCCCUGGAGGGGACCCUGAGGGAAAUGAGGAGCUAAGAUACUUGCUGUCCUCAGGAGGAGGGGAAACAUCUGGGGCAGGAGAUCCAUCCUGGAAGCCAGUGGAUCUUCAUGGGAAUGAAAUCCUGUCAGGGGGUGGAGGCCCUGGAGGAUCAGGGCAAGCUGUGCAUGGGCCUGUGAAGCUGGGAGGGACACCCCCCGCAGAUGGAAAGUGCUUUGGCUGCCUGUGUGGAAAACGGUUUGCAGUAAAGCCGAAACGAGACCGGCACAUCAUGUUGACCUUCAGCCUUCGCCCUUUUGGAUGCGGCGUCUGUAAUAAACGCUUCAAGUUGAAGCACCACCUGACUGAGCACAUGAAGACCCACGCUAGAGCCCUGCACGCGUGUCCCCACUGUGGCCGUCGGUUCCGUGUCCACGCCUUUUACCUUCGUCACCGGGACUUGUGCAAGGGCCAGGGCUGGGCCACGGCCCACUGGACUUACAAAUGACUGCUCGUGCGCUGUGCUGACUUCUAGGAUAAGAUAGGUGCUGCUGCUGCUGGAGUCUUACCCUUCCCCACCUCGGUCCUGGACUGUGUAGGCAUCCCAAGAGAUUAUAUAUGUUAUGAACCCCUUACUCUUGGAUAUGGGCCUCACCCUGGUGUACUUGGAAGUUCAGGUUUCUCAAUCCAGCUGUUUGUUAAGCAGACUGUAGGAAAGUCAUACUUUUGAUCACGUAACCUAAAUGACCCUUUUCGUAUUGAUAACCAGUGAGGAAACCACUGACUUCAGAUAGGUUAGUGGGAGAAGAGUUGGGACAGAAUGACCCAGUAACUUUGACUUCAUCUUCCCCAGGAGGUCAGGGAGCUGGUGUCUGAUGUGUUUGAUUCAGAGCUCAAGUCAUUGCCACACUAAGCUCUGAGCGUCCUCCCCGACACCGUCAGCCGCUCUGUUUCUAUACAUCUUUUUGCUCCUUCUUUCUAGAAGCUUUUUAGGUUGUACUUUGCUUUCUCACCAGUAGACACCUUCCCAAAUAUCCUUUUAAAAAAUGUUCUUGAGUAUGCAACAAGUAUGGGUGCAGACACAUUUAAUCCCAGCACUUGGGAGGCAACGGGGGCAGACAGGUCUCUGUGAGCUCCAGACCAACCCGGGUAACAUAGUUAUCCAACAUAAAAGUUUCAGGCCAGUCAGGGCUACACAGUGAGACCUGGUCUUAAAAAAAAGUACUUGAGCACUUUAACACAUUGAGCAUUUCAUAUGUGAUUCCAAAGCCCCUAAGAGGCCCUUUCCUCAACAGCCUUUGCUCUUGUCUACCUUGGACCACCACUGACAACUUGCUUAAUGAUCACAGUGACAAAUGUGACCAGUGAACUCAGGAGAUGGCAACCAUUGCUCUCUGAGCAAAUUGUCCUGAUUAGAAGACUCAGGGUUGAGACCACACGUGGCGAAUUGUGCAGAAUAACUGUAUGGUGAGACCAUACUGCCUCCUUUUCCAUCCCACCCACAUAUGCUAGAAACAGCGCCUUUGUAGAGGUGGAGGGGUAGAUACUAGAAUGGAGGUGAAGGGAGAUUUAAAGUCACUUCAUUUCAUUACUUAAUAAACUCUUCCCUGAAAUCUAAA